UACGUUAAAUAUACAUAUAUAUAUAUAUAUAAAUCUAAAGUACCUGUUGUACACUUUCUAUUAUCAUUGUGAUCAUAGUACAUCGGUCAUAUAUAUAUAUAUAAUGUAUAUCUUUGUCUCCGAUUUCUGAUUACAACACUCACAAGAUGUUUAUUUAUCACCUAAAUAUGUUUAUGAAGCAUUGUCUGCUCAGAUUGCAAUAAAUAUGUACCGUACUUGGUGCAAAAAAUCAUUAGUGUCUAUUAGACUGCUUCCAGCGUAAGCAUGGGUUACUAAUACAAAGGAACACAAAAGACCUUAUCAACUUCCUUUGUUGUAUGCUUCAUAAAUUUUAAGUAGCGCGUAGCAGAUUAAAGAGUUUUCACGUUGAAAUUUUUAUACCUAUAAAAAACGAAGUGAAAUCUUAUAUUUUCGAUAUGUGGAAACCAUUUGAAGCUGGUAGUUCACCAGUUGACUGGUGUGAAAGUAAUUACAGUAUUUCUUCUAGUAUUGCUGAAUUUAUGAAUACGGUUUUAUGUUGGUUGUUUUUAUUACUCCCUCCUGUUCUCAUGCAUCUCUUUAGAGAUUAUGGAAGAUUUAUAAAUCCUGGAAUUCAUGUAAUUUGGUUUUUACUAAUGAUAGUAGGUCUUAGCAGCGCAUACUUUCAUGCUACUUUGUCUCUUAUUGGACAAUUGUUAGACGAAUUAGCAAUCUUAUGGGUUUACAUGGCUGGUUUUUGCAUGUUCUUUCCAAGAAGGUAUUUUCCACAUAUUUUACAUAAUGAUAGAAAACUUCUUGCUAUAUGCGCAACUUUACCAACUUUGAUUGCAACUGGUUUAUCAUUUAUACAUCCUGCAAUAAAUGCAUUUGCAUUAAUGAGUCUUGGCAUACCUGCAUUUGGAUUUAUGAUCAUUGAAUUAAAAAGGACAAAAUCAAUGAGGGUGUAUAGACUGGGUUUAAGAUGCGGUGCUGUAUGGCUACUAGCUGUUGUUUGCUGGCUGAACGAUCGUUUAUUUUGUGAUACUUGGUUAAAUCUGAAUUUUCCUUACUUACAUGCACUUUGGCAUUUAUUUAUUUUCAUUGCAAGUUAUACAGCAGCUGUACUUUUUGCAUAUUUUUCUGUAAAAGAAGAGAAACCACACCAAUCAGCUGUGUUAAAAUACUGGCCAAAGGAUGAUUUUGAACUUGGUAUACCAUAUGUAACCAUUAAAAGUUAUAUUAAGCUUGAUACAAAUACAAACAUAUAAGUAUCAACAUCAAUAUUGUAAAGACUGCUUUAAAGUGAUUAAAUAAUGAUUAAUAAUUUGAAAUACUUACUUAAAUUAAAGUAAGUAUUAAAGUAUGCUGUUUACUUUUUUGACUUACAAUUUAACUUUAUAUCAGUGUUUUUUUAUAAGAAGAAACAUAUUUUACAACCUCUACUUUAAAAAAAAUAGUCUCGCCUUUUUAAUUUGUGAUAACAAUCUAGUUAUGUUACCUUUUGUACAAGUAGAUGUGAUUAAUACAUUAAAGUAAUACCUUUAUAGGUGUAAUAUCAACAUAGUGUAUAUGAACAUUUAUUCUCUUAAUAAAUAUGAAUUGAUGUUACAAUGUA